AGACUCUCCAGCUUCCCACGAGGCAGAGCAGCGACGACGAGGCUGAAGAACAGCGGCUUUGUCAACCCACACAAGCAAUUUUUGAACAAACCAGAGGAGCUACGCUGGUAGCAUCUCACCGUCAAAAUGGCGUCCAACAAGCUCGGCAAGAUGGCCGGUUACAUCAACUACCGGAUGCGCGUGACCCUGCAGGACUCGCGACAGCUCGUCGGCCAGAUGCUCGCCUACGACCGCCACAUGAACCUCGUCCUGGCCGACACCGAGGAAUUCCGCCGCAUCAAGCGCAAGCAGAACAAGCCGGCUGCCCCCGGCGGCUCAUCGUCGGGCCAGACCGUCGUGCAGGAGGAGAAGAGAACCCUUGGCUUGGUGAUUGUUCGUGGAGCACACAUCAUUUCCCUGACCGUCGAGUCACCUCCUCCUGCCGAUCCUAGCGCUCGACUGGGCAAGACCACUACGGGCGGCAUUGCUUCGACUCUUCAGGCUGGCCCUGGUGUUGCUCGACCUGCUGGACGUGGUGCUGCGGCCCCGAUUUCUCUCGCCGGUCCGGCUGCUGGUGUUGGUGGAGGUGCUCCGCCUCCAGGAUUCCCAUCCUUCCCUGGAGCUCCCGGUGCUCCUGGUGCUCCAGGCUUUGGAGGACGAGGUGGCCCCCCUCCUGGAUUCCCUGGCCAGUUCCCUCCUCCCGCGGGUUUCCCCGGUGCUCCAGGUUUCCCCGGCGCGCCUGGAUUCCCUCCUGGUGGCCCACCUCCUGGCUUCCAGCCCCCUCCUCGACGAUAAGAAGCUGUAUGAAAGCUCUAAUUUCUGCGAUACCCACACGCGCAAUCCAGUCCAGAUAUGACGUCCCGGGGAAAAGGAGACGAGUAUAUGUGACUUUUAGAGAAUGGGAGAAUUGGAAUACUUCGCUAGGAACCGCUGUUAUAUGAUCAAGGGUGGCGUUUGGUGAUGCUGAAAAUGACACUUGGCUUGUAAUCUAGCAUCAACCGGGUACAUUAAGCUAUGAAUCGGAAUUCUUUUUUUCACGCACACCUUGUUUGUCUGAGAAACACGUAAAUAAUGUCCUCGAAUUAGCUAAGAAUUUAAGCACUACGCUUUG